AUGGAUGUAUGCCGACGGCUUUUCUACGCCUACGACCUGUCCUUGGCCGUCGGCAUAGGUCCAUCUAUGCCGACGGGGGCCGUAGGCAUAGAUGAGGCGUCGGCGCAAGCAGUUAUUCUGGAAAUGGCGGACGAGGAGUUCACUGAUAUCAUGGUAGACAUGGAGUUUGGAGAACUGAUGAAAGACUGGAUAGAAGAUUGGUCAGAUGAUGAAAAUUCAGAUCGUGAAGAUCGGUCACAGAAUGGGAACGAAUGGGACGAUCUUAAUAUCGAUGAGCUUGAUGAUGAUCAGGAAAACAACUCGGAGCUCUCGAAUGAAGAUUACAUUAGUCAGUUCAUUUCCGAAUGUCAUAAUGCGUACGACUAUUACGGUGAAUCCGACGCAGAGACAUGCCUUAACGACGAAACAUUAGAUGCACCUGAUUCUGGGGAGUCCGAGUCGUCGGUCAUCAUGAGUGAGGUGAAACAAGAUGAUGGGGCAAAGAAUGUCCAAGAUACUGCCAGUGCAGAUGAUAAAAGGGAUAUGUUCAUGCAGAUAAUGGUAAUGACCUUUACGUCUCAUGAUGCUGCGUAUGAUUUCUACAACAGCUAUGCUAGAGAUAAUUGUUUCAGCAUUAGAAAGAAUAAGAGGCGGUUUGUUUGUUCGAGACAAGGGAAACGUGACAGCAAGUUGCUAACCGAGGAAGGACACAGCCGUAGGCUCAGAGCCGAGACACGCUGCUUUUGCGAAGCGCACCUGACCGUCAAGCUUGACCAAAAGCGUGGGGUUUGGUAUGUUGAAAGUUUUGAGGACAAGCAUAGCCAUAUGUUGGCAGGACCGGACGAGGUACCUUUUCUUUGGUCCCAUAGAAAAAUUAAAGAGUACCAGAAGCAUGAGAUAAUGUCCAUGGGACCUGCAGGGAUUAGAAUUGACGACAUGAUGGAUUGCUUCAUCAGCAAACAUGUAUGGUACGGCGGUGUUGGUUCUACCGGGCGUGAAAUAUACAACCUUUGCGCCAAGGAGAAGAGGAAGCUGCUUUCAAAAGGUGACGCUGCCACAGCCAUAGGCAUCAUGGCCAGUAGGAAACAGAGGGAUCCUAGCUUCUUUUUCGAGUACAAGCUAGAUAAGCAAGGACAUUUGAAUAGGAUGUUCUGGUGCGACUCCCAGUCUCGUCAUGACUAUGAGGACUUCGGCGACGUGCUUGUAUUUGACAGCACGUACAAGAUGAACCGCUAUGGUAUGCCAUUCAUGCCUAAGAGUGUUAUCACCGACGCCGACGCUGCGAUGAUCAAGGCAAUUCGCGAAGUCUUGCCAGACGUGCGGCACCGUAUAUGUACGUGGAACAUAGAGAAAAAUAUGAAGAUUCACCUCAGUCACAAGUCCUUGAAGGAGUUCCGAACUCUUCUGUACUACAGCACGUCCACGGCCACGUUUGAGGAGAGAUGGCACGCAUUUUCCAAAAGAUGGCAGUCGGAAAAAACUGUAACAUGGUUGAGGCGGAUGUAUAAGAAGAGGAGACUGUGGGCCGCGGCUUAUCUAAAAGAGGGGUUUUGGCUUGGCAUGAAAAGCAACCAGCGCAGUGAAAGCCUGAACUCAUGCCUUCACCUCCACCUAGACGGUGAAAUGACCCUGGUGGAUAUGAUUUUGCACUAUGAGAACGUCGUUGUGCCUAUCCAUGAAAACGAGGCGCGAGAUGACUGCACGGCCUCACACAGUUUACUGGUGCCAGUUACUAGCUCGAGGGAACUUGAGAUAGCUGCUUCUCACGUCUUCACUCCAGCAAACUUCUAUAUGUUGCAAGAUGAUCUUAGUAAAAUUGACGGCAUGGAGAUUGUAGAAAUUAAGUUGGGAGACGGAUCACAGCAGUACAUCAUGGCCUGGAAGAAUAACCGGAAGCGCCAUUUUUGGGUGGAGUAUAAACCAGUAAAUUCCGCAUAA